AUGAAAAUCCAGCCGUCAUGGACCUAUGUAUCAAGGGAGACUGACACAGACAGGGUGGCUAUAUAUGACCUGAAACUCCGGAACCUCCCCAAACCCAUCGCCUGCAAGCUGACGCAUACCAAAAGACGGAUUUCCGUGUCUCAUUACCGGAUUUUGUUUGAUCACAUCACUUUUGUGAUCGAGUUCACGUGCACCGGCUGGUUGGGCGCGCACUACCACACUCUGGGAAAAUGUCGGAUGGGCGCGAAGGGAAGGUGCUUUUCGCGAAAGUGGCGGAGCAAGCAGAAAGAUAUGACGAUGUUGAAAGUUAUGAACGAAGUGGCGAAGAUGCCAGGCGAACUCUCGACGGAAGGGCGGAAUUUGCUUUCUGUAGCGUACAAAAAUGUGAUCGGAGCGAAACGAUCUUCAUGGAGAAUGCUCAGUAGCAUCGAACAAAAAGAUGGUGAUGAAAAUUCGCCCGAAGCUCAGGCUCAAAGGAUGCUGCAGACCACUGUGGAAAAAGAACUUAGCGAAGUUUGUGGAAGUAUCCUGAGUCUGUUGGACAAACAUCUCAUUCCAUCCGCCCAAACACCUGAGUGCAAAGUGUUUUUUUACAAGAUGAAGGGUGAUUACGAGCGCUACCUUGCGGAAAUCGCCUCUGGUGACGCCCGUAAGCAAGCGGCUGAAAAUAGCUUGGUUGCGUACAAGGCGGCUUCUGAUAUAGCCAGUCAAGAGCUGCAGACCACAAACCCUGUCCGAUUGGGUUUGGCGUUAAACUUCUCUGUGUUCUACUACGAGAUUCUCAACAACCCUCAUCGAGCUUGUCAACUCGCCCAAGAGGCGUAUAAACUUGCUGUUGAUGAUCUUGACAAACUUCGCGAUGAGAAUUACAAGGAUACCACUCUCAUAAUGCAACUCUUGAGGGACAAUUUGACCCUGUGGAACUCUGAUAUUCAAGGAGAUGAGACUGCGGAUACUGUACAACCUGUUGCUGCUCAGUG